CUCACUCACUCAUUUACGCUCAGCAGCCAGCAAACGUUGGACGUGUUUUUCGUGCGUGCGUGUUUUGCGAAACACUGUUCAGUGUCGAAGCGCUCCCGGGAGCCCCCAGCCCUUUUUUCAAGUUCUCUUAUCACAAAAUACGGAAAGCGUGCGGGCAGCACAGUAGUAGGCGCGCGUUCCUAAGCCAACCGUACGUUCGAAUGUGUGUGACGAGGAGUAGUUCUGUGUCGGUGUGUCUGUGAAUUUGGAAAUUGACCGUCUGGUGCAGGAGUGUUUAACCUGCGACCGGGUUUUUGUUGUUGUUGUUGUUGCGGCCACAACGACAGACGAAAUCGAUUAGUCGCGAAAAGGGUCACGCCGUGAUCACGCGAGCAAACGCGAGGCAAAGGAUUAUCGAACCUUGUCUCGCAAAGGUUGUUGUGUAGGGUUUAGGGCUGUGUGUGUGUUGGUGUGCGCGAGACAUCCAGCAAGGAUGUGUUGGUGAGGGAUGCGCUGUUGUCCUGACAGGUUUGGUGGGAUUUCCUUUGCAGUUGUACCUCUCCUGAAGUGCAAGUCGAGUGAAAUUUUGGCCCCAUAAGUGCACUGAAAGUGAAAUUUGUUUGCACACUGCCAACCAUAAAGUGUCGAUUUUUAGGUCGUUCAAUCGUUGAAAAGUGAAAACAAAAUAGUAAAAACAGCAGCAGCAGCUGCCAAAAAUGUGCCCCCGGCUGGAGCGGGCAAGUGGAGUUUGAAAUCUCGUGACACGUUCCCCCCCGGCGGUGGCACAUGUUGGCAUGUGCCUUCGCGGGCCUGUGAGAUAGUGCGUGCGUUCGUGUGUGUUUGUGUGUGUGUUUGUGUAUGCAAGUGUGUGUGUUUUUUUAUUUGUAAAACCCUCCACGCUUUUAUCCCGGAAAGCAGCGCAGCAGCACGCAGAAUCGAUUAAAUGUCCCAUCUCUUGUGCCGGUUGUGAAUAACACCAUAACACAAAACAGAGUCCGUACCAACCCAGUUUUUUUAUUCGUACGUGUAUGUGUGUACUGUGUGUGUGUGUGUGCUAAAAGCUGAACAACAACAAUGACCGAGCGGAAGUUCACCCGCGGGCUUAACAAGCCCGGCAUGGCGGCACAGCUGAGGGAAAACAUCUCGCAAGUUGUACGUGAAUCCACCUCACUUACCAAACCGAUCAUAGUAGAACCGAUCGACUUCGAGGCGUUUGUGGUGAAAAACCGGACACUCAUACAGAACGAUCCGCAGCGAGAGCUGCUGCUUUAUCCAAACGAUGACGUAUCGGAGAUCCUACAGCCAAAGAAGUUCCGCACCGUGCACAGCAACAUUCCCGGUCACGUGUCGCAAGCGGCCACCACCACCAGCACCAAUGGGUCGAGCAAACGUAGUAACGGUGGGGCGGACUCUGCGACAAGCAGCCAAAACGGUACGCCGACCAGCAAUCGAUCUCAGACGUCGUCUGCGUCGUCGUCGUCAUCAUCGUCGGCAGGUUCCGGCGGCGGUACGGCGAUCGGUGGACUGUUGCUUACCCGGCAGGCCCUGCACACGUACAACUCGCCGAACCAUCUGAUCCACUACAAGUACAGCAAGUACGGCGGGACGUGUUACGAUCUGCCACGAAUAUCACCCUCGGAGGAGCUGCGGGAGGAGGUGUACGAGGUGGACACGGAUCCGGACCGGCUGGACGAGCAGAUGACCCGCUCCCAGGCGGACACGAUCGCGAAGCAGGGCUACCUGUUCAAGGGCCCGGACACCAACUCCGACCGCAUGUUUGCCCACAUCGGGUCGAAGUCGUUCAAGAAGCGGUACUGCUACCUGCGCCAGGAGAUCGACGGCACGUACAUACUCGAGCUGCACAAGGACGAGAAGCAGGCGGAGGCGAAGGCCACGAUCGUGAUGGACUUCUGCACCGAGGUGGUGCCGAACCCGAAGAAGGGCCGGUUCUGCUUCGAGCUGCGGAUGAAGAUGAACGAGGGCCAGCACGGCAAGUCGGUGACGCUGGCGGCGGACGACGAGGCGGAGAUGGAGGACUGGCUGCGCAAAAUCUCGUCCGUGCUGCAGCAGAACAAGCUGCAGGAGGACAAGCGGGUCGCGUCGCUGGAACGGGCGGCGGCACCGCUAGCCACCGCGAACGCCAACACCGCCACGCUGCCGGCCAGCCCGUGCAGCACGAUGCAGUACGGCACGCUGAAGGGGCUGGAGCAGAGCAUGAACCCGCAGCUGAAUCGGUACGCGCGCGAAACGGACCAAUCGAUCGCGCAGGCCCGGCGGGACAGCCGGAAGCGGCUGUUCGGCGGGCAGCAGCUGCUCUACCUGCAGUCGGGCGGCACUGUCGGCGGUGGUGGUGGGAGAGGCGGUGGGGCGGUACCGUCGGUACUGGCAGGGGGAGCGGCGAGUGCGGCCGCACUGAGCCGGUCGGAAGCGUUCAUCGAACCGUACCGGGAGCAGUUCGGGCAGCGCAUUCUGAUCAAGUGCGACUCGCUACGGUUCCGGCUGCUGGGCCCGAUCGAUGGGGUGAAUGGACCGCCGGUGCCGGAUUCGGAUGCGCCGCUCUGUCAGAUCGAACCAUACCUCACCAGCGUGGCGCUGUACGAUGCCCGAGCCGGCCGAAAGUUGAGCGAAAAUUUCUACUUCGAUCUCAACAAAGAGCACGUGCACGAACUGCUGACCGGCAGUUGCAAAGCCGAGCGGCCCGUCUGUGCCUCCCCGAACGCGGCCAACAAAGCGCACCACAAUGGCAACGGCACGCUGAAACCGGGCCGCACCAAAUGUGACACGCACAGUGACGAGCUGCACUCGGCGGCGGUCACCAAAGAGUGGCUGGCCCGUGCGAGGCAAGCCAUUUUCAACGUGACCGUACCGCACGCGGACAUCUUUAUCGUGGUGCGGAUCGACAAGAUACUGCAGGGUGCCAUCAAUCCGUCGGUCGAGCCGUACCUGAAGACGACCAAAGACCCGAAGGUGCUGUGCAAGCUGCAGAAGACGAUCAAGCAGUACGCGCAAAAGUGUGGCCACUAUCGGAUGCCGUUCGCGUGGGCCGCCCGGCCACUGUUUCAGCUGUACAGCAACGAUCUGGACACGUCGUACGAGUUCCCGGCCAUCUACCGGCAGGAGGGCGCGAAGCUGAAGGACGAGGAGCUGCUGAAGCUGCUGGCCGAGUACAGGAAGCCGGACAAGUUCAGCAAACUGACUGUGAUACCGGGCUCCUUGAAGAUUUACAUUGAAGCACUGAACGAACUGCCCAACAACUGCCUUACAAACAGUUUGGUACCGUUAAAUCCGUUCCCCAUUCCACCCGUCGCGGAUCCGACCGUCGAGGUGACGGAAUUUGCCAACAGCUCCGAGCAACACCUCCAUCCCUUCGUACACUUUGUGAACCAUCUGUUUGUGUAUCCGCUGCAUUUGAACUACGACAGUCAGAAGCAUUUCUCCCGAGCCCGUAAUUUGGCUGUGAUCGUGGAGCUUCGCGACAGCGAUACGGCCGAAGCCAAAUCGAUUGAGUGUAUCUACGGACGACCCGGGCAGGAGCAGCUGGUCUCGCAAAUGUCUUGCCCGGUGCUGCACCACAACACCAGCCCGACCUGGUACGAGGAGAUCAAGCUGCGCCUUCCGCUCAACAUUACGCCCCAGCAUCAUUUGCUGUUUUCCUUCUUCCACGUGUCGUGCAAUAUUGCGAAAAAGAAAGACCUCACCACUACCAGCACCGAGCAGGCGGUCGGGUUCGCUUGGGUGCCCCUGCUGGCGAAAGGGAAAAUCAACGUCGAGGAACAGUGUCUGCCGGUGGCGACCACCCUGCCAGUGGGCUAUUUGUCGAUCCAGCCGCUCGGUUUGGGCAGAGGGCAGAACGCCGGUCCGGAUGUGCAGUGGAUCGACAACCAGCGGCCCAUCUUCACCGUCAGCCUGCGGCUCGACUCGACCGUGCUGACCACCGACCAGCACCUGCACAAUCUCUUCCUGCACGCGGAACGCUUGCUGGAGCACACGAAAACGAUCGCCCCGCCGGACACGACGGAAACGUGCAAGAUCCUGAAGGCGGCCCACGCGAUACAGAUCGGUUCGCUGAUCACGUUUUUGCCCACCAUACUGAACCAGCUGUUUGCGCUGCUCGUGGCGACCGGCAGCGAGGAGGUGGGCCUGAACAUCAUACGCCUGCUGGUCAAUCUCUUUCACAUGGUGGCGGAGGACGCGAAGCGCAAGGAGCUGCUCAGUGCGUACGUGAAGUACGUGUACCGCAUCGACAGCCAGCCGGCGGGCGGGAGCUCGCCGACCGCGCAGCAAAACACCGUCCAUGGGGAGCUGUGUCGGCAUCUGCUCACGCUGCUCCACCCGAACAAUACGGACUUUUUGGUGGUGAACAAGUUUCUGAAGUUUUCCGGCAUCUUUUUCGAGGUGAUUGUGAAGAGCAUGGCGCAGUAUCUGCUGUCGACCGGGCGCAUCAAGAUGCAGCGGAACGAGCGGUUUCCGAAAGAGUUUUGCAGCCGCAUCGAGGCACUGUUUCAGGUGCUGGUGCCGUACAUCAACUCCCGCCACAAGGACCUGCCGAUGGAGACGGAGCAGCUCAACCAGAGCUUGUCCGUGUUUGUGAAGCGCUGCCUCUCGUUCAUGGACCGCGGGUUCGUGUUUCGGUUGAUACGGGUGUAUAUGGACCGGUGGGGACCGGGUGAUUCGCGCAUCCUGCACGAGUACAAGUUUAGCUUCCUGCGGGAGGUGUGUUCACACGAGCACUACGUACCGCUGAACCUGCCCUUCAUGCUAACGCCCAACAAUCGGGCGCCGGAUCUGCUGCAACAGUUCUGCCUGUCGGAGGAGUACUGUCGGCAACACUUCCUGGUGGGCAUUUUGCUGCAGGAGGUGAAGAGUUCACUGAACGAGGUGAACCACAUUCGACGGCUGGGGCUGGUUACGCUGAAGGAGCUGCUUGCCAAGCACGAUCUGGACGAUCGCUACCAGAACAAGGGCCAGCAGAGCCGGCUGGCGAUGCUGUACGUGCCCUGGCUGGGGAUUGUGCUGGAGAACCUUAACCGCAUAUCGGACGGGACCGAUCGGAAGGGCAAACACCAUGACCCGGUCGGUGCCAACCGUAUGUCGUGCAGCAGUAGCUACGUAUUCGCGCGCGACUCGCUGCCCACGCUGCCCACGACGGCGACACCGUCCGCCGUGGCCUCCCAAACCAGCACACCAAAGUCCCGCUCGAACCGGGUGACGAUGUUUAUCGAGUACACGAGCCCGAUCCGCUCGUCGCUGCAUCUGAAGGAUACGAGCUUUCUGGCGGCCAUCGCCGGACAGGGACAGGCGUCCGCCGCCCUGUCCAAUGGGCACUCGAGCAGCUCGCUCAACUCGGAGUGCUCCACGCUGUCGCAGGACGGUACGGUGGUGAUACGGAACCAGUUCAACGACUCGUCGUACGCCAACUCGGCCCGCCCGAGCCACGCCCGGUCGGUGAGCGUGACGCAGCCCACCAUCAUCCAGCGGACGGACAAGUUUUCCGUGACGGAAACCAAAGAUCUGCUCGUCAGCUUCCUGUUCGUGGUGAAGCAUCUGGCGCCGGAGCACAUGAUCGCCUGGUGGCACAACUGCACCGAAAGCGAGACGGUACAGUUCUUUACCGUGCUCGAUCUGUGCCUGCUGUACUUCCGGUACGUGGGCAAAAAGCACGUCCAGGUGCCGGCGGACGGGGGGCGCGAUGCGAAGAGUAGCAAGGCGGCGAAAGCGAGCACCUUGCCGGCGCGGGUUCUGCCGCCCAGCGCAACGAACGGCGGCGAGGCCGGGUUCGAGUCGGGCACGCUGAACCACACGGCAAACCGGGAAAAUCUGGUCGAGGAAACGUGGCGCCUCAAGCAGGCCCUGUACGAGUCGAACCUGGCGACGGAGAUCGGGCUGAUCGUGCUGGACUGCAUUGGGCUGUACUCGGUCCAGUUCCGCGAGUCGAUGCUCGACGGCACGGUGCUGCCGAAGAUUGCGCGCGUCUAUCUGCGCUUCCUGCAGCUCGGCCAGUCGGAGUCGCUCUCCAAGCACGUGUUUGCGGCGCUGCGCGCCUUCAUCAACAACUUCUCGCAGGCCCUGUUCAAGGGUACGGCCGUGCUGUGCGGCCAGCUGGUGUACGAGCUGCUCAAGUGCUGCGACAGCCGGCUGGCCAGCCUGCGGCAGGAGGCGUGCGCCGUGUUGUAUCUGCUGAUGCGCAGCAACUUUGAGUUUAGCGGCCGGAAGGGGCUGACGCGCGUCCAUCUGCAGGUGAUCAUUUCCGUGUCGCAGAUGAUCGGCAACGUGAUCGGGCUGAACAAUGCGCGCUUCCAGGAGUCGCUGUCCACGAUCAACAACUACGCGAGCAGCGACAAGGCGAUGAAGGGUACGGGCUUCCCGAUGGAGGUGAAGGAUUUGACGCGCCGCGUGCGUACCGUGCUGAUGGCUACGGCACAGAUGCAGGCGCACCACAUGGACCCGGAACGGUUGCUGGAGCUGCAGCACUCGCUCGCCAACUCGUACGCUUCCACGCCCGAGCUGCGCCAAACGUGGCUGACGACGAUGGCCAACAACCAUCUGCAGAAUGGAAACAUCUCCGAGGCGGCCUGCUGCUACCUGCACAUUGCCGCGCUCGUGUCGGAGUAUCUCAAGCUGAAGGGUUGCUGCCCGGUGGCGCUUGGGGCGGAAUCGUUCGGGCGUAUCUCGCGCAACAUUCCGCGGGAUGAGAAGGGCCUGAAGCUGGACAGUGGCACGCAGGACUCGCAGUACACGGAACAGUUUCUGCUGGAGCGGUUGAAGGAGUGUGCCGACUAUUUGGAUCGGGCCGAGCGGCUCGAGUGUCUCGGGGAGCUGUACCGGUUGAUCCUGCCGAUACUGGAAUCGCGGCGGGAUUAUCCGGGGCUGACGCAGUGCUACGAGCAUCUGGCGCAGGCGUACACACGGGUGAUCGAGUUCAACAAGUCGGGCAAGCGUUUGUUGGGUCGGUUCUACCGUGUGAUCUUCUUCAGUCAGCUUUAUUUUGAGGAGGAAAACGCUGUGGAGUACAUUUACAAGGAGCCAAAGGUGACGUCGCUGAGCGAAAUUUCCGAACGAUUGGACAAGCAGUACAGGGACAAGUUUGGGGCGGAUAAUGUUAAGAUAUUGAAAGACUCGGCACCUGUUGAUCAGUCGACACUGGAUCCAAAGAUUGCCUACAUUCAGGUGACGCACGUAACGCCCUACUUCUGCAAGGACGAGCUGGAAAUGAGACCGACGGAAUUCGAGCAAAACCAUGACGUGGACACGUUCAUGUACGAAACACCGUUCACACCGUCCGGCGCCGCCCACGGCACUGUAGAGGAUCAGUGGAAACGAAGAACGAUCUUGACGACUCUACACAGCUUUCCGUACGUGUUGAAGCGUAUCCCGGUGCGCGAUCGGCAAUCGCUCGAGCUCAGCCCCAUCGAGGUAGCGAUCGACGAGAUGCAGACGAAGGUGGCCGAGCUGGAGGAGAUCGUAAUGGGUCCGAUCGAUCUGAAGAAGCUGCAGCUACGGCUGCAGGGCAGUGUGGCGGUGACGGUAAACGCUGGCCCGCUUGCGUACGCGUCCGCCUUUCUCGACCCGGCCAAAGUUAGCACCAAAAAGUACCCACUGGACAAGGUGGAAGAUCUGAAGGAAGUGUUCCGGUGCGCAUUCUCAACAAUCAUAGUCCAAUUUCGAGUCACUUUCAUUGUUUCUUUUUUAUUGUAUUACAGCGAUUUUAUAAAAAUCUGCUACACGGUCCUGCAAAUCAACGCCAACCUUAUCUCGUCCGAUCAGCGCGAGUACCACAACGCGCUGAAGGAGAACUACGAAAACCUCUGCUCGGCGUUGAGCGAUCUGCUGGGCGAGAUCGUGUACCCGCUGGACGAUGGGAAUAAUAACGCGCACCGGCACAGCUUGGCCCUGUUCAGUGCGAUCAGCGGUGCACCAACGAACUCCAGCACUGCCUAAGUCCCGUCGGUCGGUGGAAAUUGGUUUCAGUAGCAUUGAGCGUUUAAAGGGAUGCACAAAAAUUUCGAUCAAAUUAAAUACUCCGAACCCCGAACGGGUGGGUUUGAGGAAUAGACAACAAUAUAGGGAUAGAACACACAUACACACACACACACGUACCACAAGGCAUAGAUGAAUCCACUGACACAAUGUUGCUCACGCUCACGCUGGUUCCCGCCAGCAGCGAGCACAGCGCAUUGCCACAAAGCUAUGAGUAAGUUUACUCGGUACGAUUCGCCGAAAUUCUACCAAGUAGAGGUCAAUUUUUAUCCACGUUUAAACUAAAGUCAAAAGUAAUACUCUCAUUGCGCUGGGUUUUAUUUUUUACCCCGUAUGUAGAUCGUGUUGUUUCGUAAAGUAUAUUUAAAAAAAACAGGCUUUACACCGUCGUUGGUUUCGAUUGAAUAUUUUAAACUAAUACUAAUAAUGUAUGAGAUAUUGUUCAUACUAUAGCAUUCAAAACUUCUCAAAAGCUCACCGCCUAGCGGGGUCAAUGUUUCUCGACAUUACUUCUAAAUUGUAAACAGUUUAUCCACAAAAAAAACAACAACAACACUACAAUUGUUUCGUUCAAAACGAAUCUCAACCGUAUCUGAAGCGCACAUCACGAAGCAGUAAACAAAAACAUAGAUAACACGCCCGCCACAUCACGUUUUUUUGGGAACGACAAAGUAUCAUGAUUAAGAUAAAAAACAAAGAAAACAAACAUAUAAACACUAAUUAAAGGCAUUCAAAUCUUUAGGGAGAAAAUGCGCCUCAAACAAUCGAUCGCCCGCGCACCUGCUCGAUCGAUCCCGUUUGAUGGGCCAUUUUCAAAUUGGAACUUACCUCGCAUAACUUAGUUUCAGUUUUUGUGGUCCUAUUUGUGUGCUUUGUGUGGGGCAGCCAACGAACAACACGAAUCGAAAGAUCAUAUUGGAACGCGCUCUGGCAAACCUCUUACCAAACGCUGUCGCUGUACAUAUAUAUAUACAUAUAUAUUUUGCGUUGUGUAAGUGAAGUAGAGUUUUAUUGUUAUUGUUGUUGUCGUCCUGAAUUAUUGUAAGCUUGCAUGUGUUUGUGUGAAGACCGUACAAAAAGAAAAACAAGCAAUCCCGCGUUGCGCUCUCUAUCUCCGUAAGGUGUGGGAUUUGUAAUAUACCCAGCCUGCAUCACGCGCAAAGCUUUCUUGUGUGUAUGUAUGUAUGAUAUGUAAUGAUUUUCCUGUACGUUUAAGAUUUUGUUAAUUAUUGUUACCCUUUUUGGUAAGAUUGUGCUUACACACAUACGCAAGCCAUACAGCCAUUAUACUGUAGAGAAGAAGAAAGGAAAAAAAACGGAUACAUAUUAACUAUCCCUUUUGAAGGUAACAGCUCGCUCAGAUGAAAAUCCCGUAUAACAAAAUGUUUCCUCUCCUGUACUGUGUGUAGAGCGGUAGUUCACUAAAAAACCCCCGUACGCAAAGACUGCCAAUACUAAUCGGAAAACUACUCAAACGACUCAAUUUUAUCGAAUCUUACACGUGUUUUUACUAAACCGUUUUUGCACCAAUUUUAAACCAUCUUACUAUCAUCCUGUUCGUCUCUAUACAAACUUAAAUAGAAAAACAAAACAAAACAAUAACGCAUCUACGCAAACAAUACAGUGUCACAAGGAAACACUUUUGUUCUUUAAUUUAAGUAGAUAGUUUAUAAUGGUAGCGAAAGUGAAGCUGCUGCGUGUGCCCUCAGGCACAACGUUGGCUUCAGCCCCCCACAAAACAGUAAGGUAAAACACCAUAGUAAGCAGCUGUCCGGAUGGCCAAAUCACCAAAUCACCGACAGAGGGAGACGGCGUAAGGUGGAAAUGCCAAUUGUGACACUAUUAUAGUUUACAGACCGAAAGGAGAAAGUUAAGACACUUAUUUAAGGUGUGUACUUUUGGGUAGUGAGUUCUAGGAUUGAUAGGUUUAACAGAUCUUUUAAUAUUGUUUUAAUUUCUUUUAUAAGCGCAAAUGCAAGAAACUGUAAACAAAAAUUGUAGCAAAUUGAAACGAGUACGAGUGUACGAUUGUGGAGCAAGCAGAAGCAGAAGCUUAUUUAUGAAACAUUAGUUCGAAAAUAACCAACACAACAGCUGCUUCCCAUUACUGUGAGUAUGUAAGACGUUCGUUUACUACUUCUAUUCCAAUUUAAACCACCGCCCAAUUAGAAUCUGCAGGACUGCACUCUAUUCCAAUUCUCUUCUAUUCCAAUUAAACCACCACCCAAUUAGAAUCUACAGGACUGCACUAGUCAGAACCAGCUUCGCGCUCCUUCUCAUCCGCUUUGUACGAAAAUAAUCGUCUAUGUUUAUGUGUGAAUAUUUAAACGCUAUUGCGCAUAACGAUUUCUGUUUUCCGUUGAAGGCCGUUUGCCAGCGGCUAGCUUUGCACUUAUGAAUAUUUCCAACAAAAAAAACCAAGAGCUCUAUAUCGUAUGGCAUUGUAUUGUAUUAAUAGGCUUUGUUGUUAAACAUUCUAUACGCUGCCAUAAAGGCACUGUCUCUGUGUUUUAAGCAUCAAGCAUCUUCUCAGUGGACCACACGUGUAGUGCGCACAAAUUGGCGUGCGCAAAAUGUGAUUAGCAGGCGCGCCCGGUGUUUGACCGCGCGCGCUCUAUCUGUAUCGUUGUUAUGUGUUACGUGUGUCGCUGUUUUGUUGCCUCCCGAACACAAGUGUGUGUGUAUUUGUCCAUUUAUAAACUAUCGUUUAUUGAGGGGAGGGAGAGAAGGAUAAAAUCACAAGCUAUUUGAAACGUACAACAUGGGGCGGAGACGUUCAUUUAUGGCCCCCUGUAACAAAUAACAAACGAUCAAACGAUCAAAAGCAAAACACCGUGACGCUGGAACAGGAAUUACUCAGACGCUAGAAAUUAAGUAGGUCAUAUUGAAAGACGGGAAUGAGAAUAGAAUGCGCGAAAUAUUGUGUAACAGCAAACAGCAAAUUAUACACAAACACUUUUCACAAAAUAGUGAUAAUAAUAGUCAAAACCAGCAAAAAAUGUAUGAAAUUCAACGUCAUAACGUAGCCGGUGGUUGCGUAUACAAUUCAAAUUCAAGAAGCAGCAACACCUUCCCCCUUGCACUCGCGUUACCGCACAGAGGGUGGCUUUAAAUCAAAUAAACAAUAGUAGGAUCAUUAUUCCUGGAUUACAUUA